AGCCGGCCGGUGAGGCUGGCACAGCCCCGUGGUAGCUAUGGGAAGCAGGCGCCUCGCCCUGCUCCCUCGCUGCCUGCAGCCCGCGCUGCUGGGGCCGGAGGGCCGGAGCGCCGCGCAGCCGGGGGUCCCCGCCGCGCAGCCGAGCAGCGGCCGCCGCUGAGCGCCCCAAAGCAGCCCAGGACGCCGCGCCUAGAUGGGCUGCUCCUCCGCCGUGCACGCUGCGGCGCCGGGCGAGGCGCGCCCCUCUCUGCUCUCGCUGCCGGCCGGCCCCGGCUCCAUGGCGCUGUGACAUCCCCACACCCAGCCGCACCGCCGCAGCCAGCCAUGGGGGCUUCUGCGAGCAGCCGCGCCGCCGCCUUCCCGCAGGCCGGCCGGAGAGCCGCAGCCAUCUCCAGCCUUCUCAUUGUACUUGUGUUUCUUGGCACCACUGGUGCUCAGUUGAAACUGACUUCUGAACAGAAUGCCAUAAGCCUCUCCUCUGGAAAAUAUCACCACCUAGACCGUGCCACUAACAAAGAGCUGAUCUGUGACAGAUGUCCAGCGGGAACUUAUGUGUCUAAGCACUGUACAAAGACAACCUUAAGAGAGUGUAGCCCUUGUGCAGAUGGGACUUUUACUAGGCAUGAAAAUGGUAUAGAGAGAUGCCACAUCUGUCGAAAACCUUGCGAACUGCCAAUGGUGGAGAAAACGCACUGUACUGCCUUGACUGACCGCGAGUGCACUUGCCCCUCUGGUACCUUUCAGUUUAAUGAUACCUGCGUCCCUCAUUCAGUCUGCCCAGUUGGCUGGGGUGUGCGAAAGAAAGGAACGGAGACUGAAGAUGUUAGAUGUAAACCAUGCCCUCGUGGUACCUUUUCUGAUGUGCCUUCCAGUGUGAUAAGAUGCAAAACAUUCACUAACUGCUUUAGGAAGAAUAUGGUGGUGAUAAAGACAGGAACUAAGGAAAGCGAUAACAUCUGUGGGUUCUUGUCAUCUCUUCCUAACACAGUUAUGUCUUCAGUGAGCCCAGAAGAGGAUGAUGUAAACUAUGAAGUUCUGUCUACCACUUUUCUUCCCGAAGGUGUCAACACUUCAGUUUCCAGCUUUGCUGCCUCUCAUAGACCAAAUGUGUACAACGGCACGAUCGACCCAACAGACAUUUACAAUGAAACCUCAGAUAAUGAGACGGAUGGUGUCAACGUGACCAUCUCAAACUCCAGGGCUACCAAUCACCAGCAAAAUUUUUACCACAAACACAGCCAGUCAGUUCCGAAACUGCAGCCAGCAUUGGAGAUGACAAGCGGUGAAAAAUCAAGCAUCCCCUAUGUGCCCCCCAAGAGAGGACCGCCACGCCAGAACGCCCACAAGCAUUUUGAUAUAAAUGAACACUUACCGUGGAUGAUCGUCCUGUUCCUGCUGCUAGUUCUCGUGGUUAUAGUUGUGUGCAGCAUUCGGAAAAGCUCACGGACUCUGAAGAAGGGUCCUCGGCAAGAUCCCAGUGCCAUUGUGGAAAAGGCUGCUCUGAAAAAAUCCGUUACUCCAACCCAGAACAGAGAGAAGUGGAUCUACUACUGCAAUGGGCAUGGCAUUGACAUUCUGAAGCUCGUAGCAGCCCAGGUUGGAGGCCAGUGGAAAGAGAUCUACCAAUUUCUGAGCAAUGCAAGUGACCGUGAGAUGACGGCUUUCUCCAAUGGGUACACUGCAGACCAUGAAAGGGCCUAUGCUGCCUUACAGCACUGGACCAUCCGAGGCCCUGAAGCCAGUCUCGCUCAGCUCAUCAGCGCACUGCGGCAGCACAGACGUAAUGAUGUCGUGGAGAAGAUCAGAGGCCUGAUGGAAGACACAACCCAGCUAGAACCUGACAAACUGGCCCUUCCAGUGAGCCCCAGUCCUCUCAGUCCCAUUGCCAGUCCGAGUCUGAAUCCGAAUCCUCCUGAUGCCACCAUCCUCACCGUGGAACCGUCUCCUUGCGAGAAGAACAAGGGCUUCUUCGUUGAUGAAUCGGAACCUCUUCUGCGCUGUGAUUCGACUUCCAGUGGCACCUCUCCACUCAGCCGAACAGGCUCUUUUAUUACCAAAGAAAAGAAAGACACAGUGCUGCGUCAGGUGCGGUUGGACCCUUGUGACCUGCAACCCAUCUUUGACGACAUGCUUCACAUCCUAACUCCUGAGGAGCUCCAUGUGAUUGAAGAGAUUCCACAGGCAGAGGAUAAGCUGGACAGGCUAUUUGAAAUUGCUGGAGUCAAGAGCCAGGAAGCCAGCCAAACACUGCUGGACUCUGUCUAUAGUCACCUUCCUGAUCUAUUGUAGACAUUGGCCACCGCACACUCUGAAUCUUGCUAGUACUAGCUUGGCACUCAUUAAAGAUGAGUGACAAUAUGCAGGCUGGUUUUUUGUAGAAUAUAUGGCCAGUAUUUUCUUCAAGGUGUCUCUCUCUCGUUUCUGGAAGGGGCAGUUUGCAAACAUUGCCCCUUUCAUGCUUAACUUUCUUGCAGAAUUAAAAUCUUUGUUCCCUCUGUCCCCUUCUGAAUUAUUUUUCUGUUUUCAUUCCAGUCAAUCUUUUUAUGCACUUUAAAACAAAGUUCAUUAAUGAAAGACCACGAAUCCGGUGUAACUUACACGUUGAAUCUGGAAUAGUUCUUAACUCAUUUUAGUUUUUGUCAUAUCUGUCUUAUUCCAAAGUAGCUUUUCUCUCCACAAACCUUUCUUUCCCCUUGUCCCCACUUCUCCUUGGUGGAAAAUGGGAAAACAUGAGAAUUGAGUUUCGUCUGUUACUCUCUAAUGCAACUAGCUUUUAUUUUUUUUCUUGAGUUGACUUUUUUUAAAAUGUUCUAUUGUAUAGUUCAUAUUCCUUGCUGAGAUUUUACUAGCACAGUUAUUUAUUGUAUGGUUUUCACCUGGACAAUGCAUAAAAUGCUUGAUUACUUGUGCUCCUUUAAGCUAAAGCGGAAAUGUUUUAAAGAAAAUAAAUGGCUUAAUUCCUCCAGCCUUCAAGACUAUAACAAAGUCACUUGGCCUGCAGCUGAAUGUACCACACGCAACAAGGAGUAUCUUGCCUUGCAACUUAGGAGAUAAGCAGGCCCCAUAUAGAUCAUCUCAGUCAGCACUGGUGCUGAACUGUGGAAGGUGAGGGAGAGCCCUGGCGGUGACACUCUCCUUGUGAUCAUAAGACUUCCUGAGCUAUGCUUUUACAGUUGUCUCUUGUUUGUUUGGGGUUUUUUUAUACAGAUGUUGGCUAAUAGGCAAGGUUCCGAAGACCUUGCCUGGUCUUAGCAGUCUCUUAAAUCACACUUCACUUUUUAUUUAAUCAAAAAAAAAAAAAAAAAAAAAGCAAAAAAUAGAAAGGCUGUAUUGUAAGAAUGGUCCGGUUAUAUUUGCAACUGUUAUGCUCCCGUAAUGAACAGUCUGUAAUAUGCUCAGUAUGAAGAACUAUAAUACAAGGAUGGCAUUUGCUACCUUGGGAUGGGGUGAGGUUGAGGGGCGGGGGAGGUUCUGAUAUGGGAAAAAUUGCCUUCCAGUGUACUAAUUUAUUAAUAAAUACUAGAUGUUUGUUACUUAACAUGCUUCUGUGUUAACUUCUGUGAUGCUUCGCUGUGUGGGUUGGAUGUCUCCUAAUCACUGCUAUAAAUAAGGUGAUUGGAAUAUGUUUCAGUAAGCCCUAGUUUUGAUCUGGAGCGUUUGAACUAGUUCUAAGAAUGUAGCCUGGUUUGAAGUUCUGCGUACGUGAUCUAGGCAUAAUGGGUGAUUGUCUUAAGUGAAACUAUUGCAUUAAAUUCAUACCCAAGAAUGCUCA